GCGAGCGGUCGUUCGAAUCGAAGAUCGGUUCCGUUUAUUUGAAAAUUUUAUUGUUGAGAAGUUAAAAAAGUGUAUUUUUUUUUUUUCAAUUCAGUGGAAUUAAGUGUUAUACCUAUCUAAAGUAUAUCAAAUUACGCAAGAAUAAAACAUGCUCUAUAUAGAAAGCCUCACCAUCGGCGGAUUCCCCGAGCUGGACGACUGCACACUUCUGUUCCGACCGGGACUGAAUUUGUUCAAGCAACAACCAAAGCAUGCAGUUAAGCUACUUUCGUGGUUCCUCCAUUAUUCGGAAACGCUGGAUCCACAACAACUGCGAUUAACAUUGAGCGCAGAAUCCUACCUGGAGAUUCGCAUCCGGUCCGACCAGGUGCAGUAUUCUUUCGGGGAACUGCGGAUUAAGAAGCAACGCAACACUCGGAAUGAUAAUCUGAUCAGCCUGCGUCGAGUGCCAACGAAACCAGCGACGGUGCAGGUCGAUGGAGGAAGUACGCAUGUUUCGUUCGCGGUGUUUCACCAAGAAAUGGAACAGCUGGGGCUUCGUUUCGGAACAGAGAAGUUUCCGAUGCUCAACGUGAUCGGUCAAACCGAACUGGAGGGCAGGAUCAAACCGGCACAGAAUCUAUGGGAAGCCGUGCACGAUUGCGUCCAGGUGGACGCAUUCCGCCGUUUACAAGCCGCGGAUCAGAACUCUAAGGCUUUCUGUCUUCGAAAGCUGAACAGUGCGAUGAUGUUCGAUUUGCAGGAAAAAACAGACGAGCUGCAAGAUCGAAUCGAUUCCAGCAAACUGUACCGCAGGCUGCGACUUACGCUGGAUAUUAAUGCCGGGAUCGUUGCCCAGAAGGAAAUCAAAGCAUACGGCGCUGUUUGUAGAGACUACGAGAGGAACUUGAUGGAGGUUGUGGCCCGAACGGAGGAUUUAGAGGGCAGAAAACUUGAACUGGAGGAUCAUCUGGACGAGCUUGCGAGUAUUGUACCCCAGGUUCGAGAUCUGGUAGCGACGGAUUUGCAAGGAGAAUGUGAGACGAUGGAGAGUCUGUUGGCACAGUUUGAGCCGGAAGAACGGACCGUUGGCGAGGUUGAACAGGUAUACAAGCAGAUUGGAUGCAUAGUUAGGAUCUCUCAGUCUCUCGUUGAUAAUAUGCUUGGUUGCAUGGAUGAGUGGCUUCAGGAGGGUAAGAUUGUAGCGCAGCUGGAGUUGGAAAUGGAAACUGAUGAGAACUGCUUGCACUUCGUAAUCCAACCAACUAAAGUUCGAAAAAGCUUACUGAGGGAAAUGCAUCAUUCACUGAAGUAUUCGUUGGAAAAUUUGGAUAAAAUUAUGAAAGUUUCUGCGAAAGAAACAGAAUUACUUAAUCUGACGGUGCUGUCGCAUAGACAACUAUUAAAUAUUAGACAAAUUGAUCGAAACCGCUUCGUUCAGGGAGAGGAUAUCGUUAAAGAGUGGAGCGAAGAUUUUCUGAAGCUCACUCAAACAAAGCUGUUAAAAGUAUUCUUCGAAACGGAAAUACGCCAGAAAUCAGCGCACCUUAGGCAGAACAUCCCCGAAGGCGUAUCGCUUGAAACCGUCCAGGGUAUGGCGUCGCUUAAGUACUACCUGAACGAGUCCGACGACGAGGCAUUGAAGGAAAAUUUUAUCGCAUUCGGUUGGCAGCAUUUGAAGUUCAAGAAUUCGGCGCUCGGAGCAAAGGUGGCGGCCUUGGCACUGCCGCAUCUGUGCGAUUUGCUAAAGUUGGCCAUUUUCCGAGAAAACAAUCCAAUGGCGGAUGUGAUCAACGAACUUCCGCCGAAAAACACGUACCAUGUUCUGGCGCUUGAUUCUUUUUCGUAUCCGGAGCAACGCCUAAAAGUGCCAGCACGUGUUCGCCCGCUGUCCAGUUUGCUUCUCGAUAGCCCUGUGAAAAAUGUGCUGGCGCGGUUGAUGGAUGGAUUCUACUAUACGAACGUAUGCUAUGAAACUCUAGCUGAUGGCAUCGGUUCCGAUAUCACCCUCAUCUGCGCGCACGAUGACGACGAAUUAGUGAUCAGUAAUGGCCUCAUUGCCGGCGGAUGGACUCGGAAUGCGGAACGCACAUUGACGAAACUGUCGGAAGCUGUUGCGUUGCAAAUGAAAAUUAUCAAGCUGGAAUACGAAUUUCAAAACGCAACUGAGAUUGUUUACAAGCUGGAAGACCGCAUGGCACAAAAUUGGAACGGCAUUGAGCUGCUGCGAGAGGAUUCGUUUGAUCGUUAUCACGAAUUGUAUCAGUCGUAUUCGAAAAUCUGCGAAAUGCCUUCCACGUUGCAACAAUUGUUUCUCUGGGAAACAAUGCUCGUUAAACAAAAAGUUCGUUUCGAGCAGCUCUCAAAGCUUUCAAAACUUGUGGAAACCAACGAGUUUGAAAAACGUGAUUUCUAUGAACAACGAAUUCAUAAUAAUCGGAAAUUACUAGAAGAGGCGCGGCUCAAUUACGACCGGAAAAAAUACGACAAAGAUCUGAUCCAAUUCAAGCACGAUAUCCGCACAUUGGGUGAACUUCUAGCUGAAGCAGCUGCCCUGCACACGGCCGCCUUUCCGCUGGAUGUGCACAAAAUGCUCAAAAGCUUCCUGGCAGAACACAAGGAGGAGCUGGACAGCUCAUUACAAGUCUUGGCAAGCGAACAAACCGCCGCAAUGAGUGCUUUCGUAACACGGGAUCAACUUGACCAGAUCCAUCGGGAAAUGAUCGCGCCCGAGCGGGAAAUGCUAUCCUACAACUAUCUCUUUCUCGAGCUGACGGGCUUCCUGCAGGACCUCCGCCGCCAGCAUCCACCCAUCAACUUCCAACAGUCGGCACCGAAAAACAUCGAUGCGAAUCUCCAGCGCGUGUACGAAGCCCGCCAGAUGCUCAAUGGGACUCAGCCGGCCUACACGCCGGACCAGAUCGAAGAAUUCAAGUUCAAGAUUGGCCUCUGUCGUACCGAUUUGGGCUUGUUGGCGGAACGACGCAUGUUCGUCGCGGCCAACCUGACGCUGCCCUGCAUAAACAAACUGACCGUGCAGAAGUUGCGACUGAUCACCCAAAUGAUGGCCGAGCUGCCCCCCUACCUGGGCGAACCGGGGCGGCUGGAGUUGAACUUCUACUAUGAUCAUACCAAGCGCCACACAUUCGAGAAGGAUGGCUUCGAGAUCGAUCGCAUUGUCGGAUUGAGGGUGCAUUUCGAUGACAAUGAACCAGGUGCAGUGCUCAUGCUUGACGGUGAUACGGCUAUGCUGCCUCAUUUCUUAUUCUUCGUCUCGUUUUUGUGUAUCGAAGGAUGCAAACUUCUGCUGCUGGAUGACGCAUUUGCAAAUGUUACCCCAGAGGAGCAGCGGGAUGCAGUGAAACUAUUGGAGGUGAUGUCGAAUCGUAUGCAAAUCUUUGCCGUGGUUGGAUCGGAUGAGUAGUGUUAUUUAUUUUUUGUUUUUUCACACUUCUUGACAUAUUUUUAUAUUUAAUUUAUUGCUAUUUAAGUUCCACAUUUUUAACAGGUAAUACAUUUUUUUUCGAUUUCUACUUCAAGUGCGGAGUAGGAUCUUAAAAAGCGUUGAUUGCUGCGAAUACUACAUCGAAAGCAACGGCAGGAGUGUCCCCGUUACACGGUAGAUCACUUUGACGUAGUGUGUUACGGUGUAAGAUCUACCAAACAGAGCCCUAGCUUAAUCCAAGACUCAAAUUUCGAACUCCGUUUAAGGCUGAACUGUAUGCAGCGGAAGCAACUAUUGAUAUGGGGCGCACCUUUAAUAGUAUUGCUCUUCGUAAAGGGUCUAAAUGGCGGGAACGCAUCAUGCUCUUGAGAAAACAAAACAAGAACUUUUUUUUGUAGAGGGAUGAAGGCAAAUCUGCUAACAGACACCUGAAAUUAUCACUCAGGGAGUAAGGUUGGCAGAAAGCUGACCCACUAAACCCACCCAAGUAGCGAAAGGCUGGGUGCUCGCCCUUUACAUACCACGUGAGGCUGACUUGGAUGCUCACUCUACUCUCCUCUGGCAUGCCUCGAGGUUUCAAUAGCGAUAGGUACCAACAGUUCUACGCUACGACCUUCCUACCUCGUUAUGGGCAGUCCAUACUAACACCUGUUGCGCUAACUCUUCUGCCAUGCCUCGUGGUGGCGACUGCGGUUGCCACCCGCUACAACAUUCUAACCUCAACAUGUGCAAACCUCCCAUUCACUUCCCUGCGCUCAGCCUGUUUUCGCUCUAACUAACCAAUCAUAAGUUAGUCAUGCUUGUCGACUGCUGCUCGGCGCGCCA